UACAAAUAUCACCAUAGCAAUGUAUGAACUAUAGCUUAAAAUGCACCUUGCGUACGGAUUAUUAAUAUCGGAAUAGAUCUGGGCUCUUGAAAACAGUCAUGGGGAUGUUGAGGGUUUUCAUUGCCUUUGCAGUGAUAGCAUGCACGCAAGUCAUAAAUGGACAAAGAACUCCUUCGCAGGAAGCGUCUGCCGUGUGUAUAAAGGAGCAGAAUAAGACUCCUAACCAGGUCAGGAUGACGUUAUCGUUAAACAGGAAGACAGAUCCUCUCGGAGUUCUCGUUGCCUUACAGAGCUCCGGCAUUGAGGAUAACACGUGCUCUAUUGAGUCAUCGGGUACAGGAAAUGGCGGAGUUUACAACGUAGUUAGCGAAGUUCCCGUCGAUAAUUCCAUCAUCGUCAACGGUUGUGGCGUGAACUCAGUGUUGGGAGCCAACAAUGUUCGGACCAUGACAUGGCGGUUUAGGUACUACGAAUUCCCGCAAGACAAGAACAUGGAUUACGGCUACAAUCGUAUUUAUACAGUCACGUGUUCGGACAACAACAUCCCGAACAACCGUCUCCAGUCACAACUGACAGUCGAAACGCCGAACCAAUCCCAAAACGUCCCGAUCUACACCCCAGCCCCGACAUUACAAUUGCUUUACGCCUCAAACAACCAGCCUGUUACAGGUUCCGUCGCCAUCGGAACAUUGGUGAAACUACGUCUCAACUAUCCAUUUGGAACAUUCAGGCUCGAUCGCCACUACGGAGCUACUGGCCUUCUUACAAUGGUUGACAAUACUCCGACGAUGAAUUCAGGAGAUCAAGUUACUUUCUUCAACAACAACGGAUGCCCUGUGUCAUCCAGCCCCAAUCCCGGCUACCGGUAUCUGCAAGAUACCGGGACCGAUCAAAACAACAACAGGGUUUUUGUUCAGGAAUCCGGAACCUUUAACAUCUUCAGUGUUGGAAACUCCAACGCGCUCUACAUUAUUACCUACUAUGACCUUUGCCAUGGGUUCAGUGGCUUCCGACAAGAUCAGAAAUGCGAAAAUCCCUGCUCCUUUUUCACAAACGCUCGUCGCCGGCGUAGCGAGCCCCAGUACAACACAUCUAUGUUGGAAAUCCGUCUCGAAAUGGAGGGUACACCACAGCAGAACAUUGGCACGGAGGAUGAAUACAAAGAGUCUGUGUACGUUCUGAUUGGCGCAUGCGCACUUGUGUGCGUCAUCCUGCUGGUGUUGCUUUUCGUUGCCGUCUGCUUGUUCCGGAAGCGCAAUUCUCAUCUCGCGAGGAAAGAACGGGAACUUGCAUAUGAUAACAAAGUUCGGAUGCCUUACUGACAUGCUAUUUUCUGACGAUGAUAAUUCCUUUUCUUUAUAUUUUAUCAUGAUAUAUCUUUUCUUAAACGUUAAAAGUUUGUUGUACAAGGUCUGCCUUGAUAUCUUUUCAGUGCUUUAUAAAUAUACGUAAUCUGCCGAAUAAAGAUCAUAUACUUA